AUGGGUAAUGAUCACUCAAACGCAAAAACACCACUGUCUAAGGGAUUGUCAGCUUUAAAAGGAGGGCCGUCGAAUUCAAGAGUCCAGAGUCAUUUGGAAAACGCCAAGAAGAGCCGGAUCCUCCAAUUAAAAGAUUGUAAUAUCAAAAACGUGCCUGGAGCUAUCGAUGAGGUAUUUAUAUUCAUGUCUUUAUUAUUAUAUUUUUUUUAUUUAGGUCGCUUCAAUAUUGAGGAAUUUGGAUUUGGCAAACAAUAGAAUUGCCGAGAUUUCGUUUGACUUUCAAAAGUUUGCAGUUUUAAAACACCUUAAUCUUCAUGGAAACAAAAUAAAAGAGAUUCCAGACACAAUAGGGUCAUUAAAGGCAUUGGAGACCUUAGAUUUAUCUGCAAAUCAACUUGUAGAGCUUCCCGAUUCGAUUGGUGCCUGUAUUAGCUUGAAAACUCUGAAUGUUUCUGACAAUGAGAUUACAAUUUUCCCAGUGGGUACUUGUGUUUUACCCAAUCUGGAGUUUUUGGAUCUUUCGGGAAACUUGAUUGAGAGAGUGCCGGAUAACGUAAGUUUAGUUUUAUUUUUUUAAGUCGUUUAGGUGGCCGAUUUAAAGUCUUCUGAGUUGAAUUUGAGUCGAAACCGGUUGAGUUCGUUGAAUGAUAACUUAGCCAAGUGCCAACGUUUAAAAGUUCUGCGUGUGGAAGAAAAUUGUUUGGACAAAUCUGCGUUUACCGUGGCAAUAUUGAAAGAUUCACGAAUAUCUUUGAUAGCUUAUAGUGGAAAUCUCCUAAAUGAUACGGAAUUCCAGCACUUAAGUGGUUAUGAGGAAUAUCAGGGGAGGUUUACUGCCACCAAAAGAAAGGGUGUCUGA